CGCCUGCGCAGACGAUCAUCAAACAGAAGCCUCAAGGUGUAUUCGAUAUCACAUUCAUUCUUUCUCCCACCAUCGUCUUUCCUUUUUCCAUCUCAGCAAUUGUCAUUCUUUUACAACAACAGCCAGCUUCACUUAUCUGGUCAGUCGAGUUUGUCCGUUUUGCCCAACAGUCCGUCUUGUUUUGUUCUUUGAUAAGGCUUCUUAAGUUAUACUCUCUUUCACGAUAGCACAAUGUUUUCUCAGAACCACUAUGGCCGUCGACGAGUAAUCGCAACAACCUCCAAUACCGCUGCCGCCGUCCCUUCAUCAUCCUCUUCAACCCACCCUCACCGCAAGCGAGACGAAGACCACCACACCUGGACCGACCCCGUCAACGACGUCUCCUACAAAUACCGGUUCCUCCAAGGUAACCCAACCCUCGUCUCUCGCUCCGCCCCAGUCCUCGAAUCCCGCAGUGACUCUUGCGGAAACGAAUGUUCAGCCGAAGAUGCCUCGAGUACGAAUUUGGGGAUUAUCUUGGGUACGACUAUUCCAUUCUGUCUCGCGGCCAUCGUUCUAUACUUCUUGCACCGACGCCACAUGAAGCGCGUACGAGCGGAAGAACUUGAAGAUGCUCGGGACUCCCUCGACUACGGCUCCGAACUUCCUCUCCCUGCACCCCCUAAGCCACUCAUCCCUUCCCGCUCCAGCACGCCGGUCUCAUUCGCUUCCUCCCCUACCCUGAACGACAAAGCCUCCUCCGCAAGCCUCAACAGUGACGCCAAAUCCAACUCCCGCCGUCAUCGCGGACAGGAAAGUUUGGGUGCGAAUACCUACCUCACCCCCAACAUGCACCUCGGCGAUUCCCAACUCACCCGUGAAUCGAUGUACUCCCUCGCACGCAGCAUUCAUUCCCAAGACGACGAUAAUCGGUACAGACUCUCUGCACUUAAUUUACCGGCUAUCGCGGACCCGAGUUAUCAUCCCCCGAAUAUGUAUAUGCACAGGAAUGAUUCGCAGCCGUCGUUGUCGAGUCCGUCGCUUGGUGCUGGGAGUUGGAAUUCGCCACAGAUUGGAGCGGGGUCGGAUGGAUUUGAGGAGAAUGAUCGUCAAGGGUUGUUGCACUCCCCCAUCUCCUCCAACGACUCUGUUAUCGGUCUGCCGACUUUGACGGCUCCGUCGAAGGCAUUGCUUUCGCCGCAAGCGUUGGGUGAGGUCGUUCCGAAUAGCGCAUGGAUGGAAAACCAAUAUUUCUCUUUCCGCCCUAGCAGUCCCAGCAAGAGUGCCAUGGUAAGCCUCCAGAACCCUCGUUUGGAGAUGCACGAGGUCCCGUUGACACCAUCCAUGGGCACUGUGCCCAAGAUCGAGGUCGCUAGGGCGAGUGUUUAUGAUCCAGUUGAUUACCCAAGGGAUGAGGAUGGUGAUUACUCUUUUGAGCAUGCUGAUGAGGCUGUCCUUACCGAUCAGCCCACCUCAGCCUUCUCUCCUGCCUCUGUCUCUGCUAAGAAUGACGCCGAAGAUGAGUUGUCGUUCGACGAAGGCGAGGAGAACCGCAUUUCAAUCCAAGCACUCGAACUGGUCAAACCCAUGGCGGAGCAGAACAAGUUGUUGAGACAUGAGAGCAUGAUGGAGGAUCCGCAGGAGAAGGCAAAGAGGGUGCACAGUGUUUACAGGGAGUACUUUGAUGACUCGAAGAGUAUGAAGAGUCCACCUCUUCCUCCUAUGCCGGCCCAGUACGCACAAUACACAAACUCCCAUCGUUCGUCCCCGAGGUCAACGCCGCGUACACAGAGUCCCGCACCCUCUGCCCCGCCCAAGGUGUUGGAGCCGUUACGAAUGUUACCUACGCCGCAUCAAUUAACCCAGAGUGUCGAGGUUGAUGGGAGUAUUGGGUUUGCGGCGCCGAAGAGGGGUAUGCCGUCCCCUAACCCCUCGCACGCAUCAGCGACAUCUUUGGCUUCUUCUUCUGAGAAUCUGGCUCAGCAACGCGCGCAUAACCCGCUCGCGAACUCGUAUGCUAAUCUCCGUUCGAUCCCAUCACCGCAUCUCUUACGGAAUUCGGCAUCGUUCACUUCUCUCGAUUUCGCGCCGCCCCAGAAGUGGGGUACCGGGGGUGAGGAUGGUUACGGAAGUGAUCGUGGUAGCGAAGUUGGGAGUGUGAGGAGUGAGAGGAUGGAGAGGGGGUUGGUUGGGGUUAGGAUGGGUGCUGGACGGGUAUCGAGGUUGCCGGGGGAUUUGGUUUUUGAGAAGGGGAAGAUGGGGGAUGUGUUGAGGCCUGAUUGGGAGUUGAAGUAAGCGCACCGGAGGCGAGUGCGUGGAGAAGAAUAGAG